AAUAGCUUGUGAGCAAAGUGGGUUGCUCCAAAUGCUGCAACCUCAUCAUAACUUGAAAAAGGUUAGCAUAAACUCGUAUGGGGGUGCAACAUUUCCUAAGUGGUUGGGUCAUACUUCAUUCACCAGCAUGACCUCUGUCUCUUUGACAAGCUGCAGUCUCUGUAUAUUGCUGCCGUCACUGGGACAGCUACCAAAACUAAAGUACCUUAGCAUUGAGAAAUUCAAGAUACUGCAGAAGGUUGGUCUAGAGUUUUUCUACGGUGAGAACGACAAUGUCUCGACCCUAGAACCAUUUCCAUGCCUUGAGGAUCUAAGUUUCUACGACAUGCCAAGAUGGGAAGAAUGGCGUUUUCCUGAACUAGAAGGUCGGAUCUUUCCACGCCUUGAUAAACUGACCAUUAAAAGUUGCCCCAGACUCACAAAAAAUUUCUUGAAGGGGCUUCCAGAUUCCACUAAAGUUGACUACGGCAAAAUUUCAGAACCAUAUUUGCCUAGAAACGAAGAGCUGCAUAAAGAAAACAAGGAGCUAUGUAGGCCAGAACCUGAAAGCUCAUCACGGAACAAUGAAGAUAUUUUUGGAACCUCGUCUAGUGAUGCUGCUGCUAGCACUCAUGGGAAAAGGAUGCCUCAGGUAGACGAAGAUGAAACUGGUUUUGAGAGUAUUAAAGUGACAAAAGUUCCGCAGCUCAAAAAAGUUUCUGCAAGUAUAAAAAGACUACAUAUUGAAGGAUGCCUCAGAGAAAAAUAUCUACCAGAGAGCUUGUUGCAAGAUUGUCCCAGUCUCCAAGAACUUUUAGUCGUUAGUUGCCAUUCCCUGGAGGCUUUGCCUGGAGAAUACCCUUCCACCACUUUGAAAACCCUGUAUAUAAGAGAUUGCAUGAAGUUGGAAUUUUUAGAAACUGUGCAAACAAAUCUCAUAUUCCCACAGCUCGAGGAUCUCUUCAUAGACAGUAGUUGCAGCAAUCUCCAGAAAUUCCGGUUUGCUAGUUUCCAGAAUCUCAGAAGCCUUUCAUUAAGACACUGUGAGAAACUGAUUGGUUUCACCGUGGCUGGUUUAGCUCUUGAGUCCUUAGAGAUUAUGGAUUGCCCGAUGCUGAAACUUUUCCCUAGCGGACUGGGAACCUUGAAACUCACGUCACUGUUAAUCUCGAAUUGUGGGAAUCUCAAAAAACUGCCUCCAGAUUUGAAGGAGUUCACUUCUCUUCUUUCCAUCCAUAUAAACGAGUGUCCUGAAGUUCAGCACGUUGUGUUCUAUGCUUCGGGAACUUACUACGGUUUCCCGAAAAGUCUUCAAACGCUUUGCAUCAAUUUCUGCACAAAGCUCAGACCUAUGGCGUGGGAAUUGAAUAACCUUCCUAACUUGCGUGAUGUUCAGAUCAAGGGAGGAAAUGAUGACGUUGAAUCUUUCCCACCAGAUGAAAACCUUAACCUCCUGCCUUGGGGUCUUAACUCUCUACGGAUAAGCGAAUUCAAGAAUCUCCGGACUUUGAAUAACAAAGCACUUAGAGCGUUAAGGAUUCUAAGGAUGCUAGAAAUCAGCGGAUGUGAUAAGUUAGCAUCACUACCAGAUGAAGGCUUUCCUUCCUCCCUGUCUCUCCUGCGCAUAAAUGGUUGUCCUAUACUGAAAGAAAAGAUAUUCAGAAAAAAAUUUGAAUGGUUCAAGAUCAAGCAUAUCCAGCGGGUGGUGAUUGAUGGUGAAGAACUCAUGCGUUGAAGGAAGAAAACUAACCUCAGAUUGAAGGAAGCUGGAAAAAAAGCUUCAAGCCGAGCUGGAGGUACGUUGAAGUUUAAGAGAACAUCUAUAUUGCAAAGAGACACUGCAGGCAAUGACAGAGUGAAUAUUUGACACAUUCAUAUUUUCCCACUGUGUUUUAAGGAAAACUUUAUGCAGUCAAUUUCCAUUGCAUCGUACCACUUUGUUUUCGUGAGGAAGAUGGUGAUAGUACAACACUGGGGACCUGAUUUGAUAUACACAACAUUGUAAUUUCAUUAUGGUAACAUCUUUUGA